AUGAGCUCGGAGUCUAUCAUCAACUGGGACGCUGUUAAAUCUGUUGACUAUGAGCCACCGACAAGCUUGUUCAUAGACCGUUUGAUUGAAAAUCCAUCAGAGAGGGCACAUCUGUAUGAUGAAUUCUCCAUCUUGAGGGCCGAUGAUGCACGCGUGCCGAGCUCCGGACUUGCAUUUUUCUCAGAGAAAAAGCUUGAAUCCCUCGUGAAAAGAUUAGGGAGUUCUGAAAUAAGAGAACUUGUCCAUCAAAUCGACAACGAAAUCAGAACGCGCUUCCUGGCCAGCACUAACAAUGAUAAUGCCUUCGCUCACGGUGUGCGACCACUGGCCCUCGAGCAGCCCUCGUCGGAUGAACUUCAAAGCUACGCAAACAGUUACUUUGAAAUCGUCCAUCCUGUAUUUCCGUUUUUGGAUCGAUCGGACUUUGAGGAAAGGAUAAACGAUGCUCAGUUGUCUCAAAACCUGAAAACUGAUUCCGCGUUUUGCGCUCUUUUCUACGCUGUCAUGGCUCUGGGAUGCCAGUAUCAUGGGCGCGGUACGUUUCAGCCGGGUGUUGGAGAAGCCUGGAAGUUCUUUCAAACAUCUUUCAGUUAUGUAUCUGGUAUUAUCACAAGCCAGGCAUCUCUGCCCAAUCUCCAAGCUCUCAUUGCAAUGGCAAUUUUUGCGUUGAACACAAGCUCGCUACAGAUUGAGAAUUUUCUAAUAGCGGAGGCCUGUCGCACUGUUCUUACACUCAGGUAUCAAAAGUCGAUCCUUAUCGAUUGCAACGAUGCUGCUUGUUACCGAGCAUUUUGGGUGGUGUAUCAUAUGGAAAAGCAGUACAGCUUUCAAGCGAGAAGUAGCUCGGCUAUCAUCGAUCUUGAUGUCGGAUGCCAAAUUCCUUCGGUUCCGGAAUCUGUUGUCAAAGGCUACAACUGGUUCAUGGCCUCCAUCCGCAUCAGCCGAAUAUUUUCCAUCACCUAUGAUACUCUAUUUUCAGUUAAUGCGUCCACUCAACCAAUAGCGUCCCUGCUUCUGGCAGUUGACCAUAUCCAGAAACUUCUCGAGGGUUGGAGGCAAUCGAUUCCUCUUGUUUACAGACCCGGAGAGGUAUUACAAAGACUUUCUUUUGCUGAUAUGAGUACCAAAGAGAUCGCCAUCCGAACUCAUUUCUAUUAUUUCCACCUGAUCAUUGCACUGGAGCGAAUGAGGCUUCACCACAGUCGAGACAGACAAACGGCAGAUAAUAGUCUACAGACCAUGCUCAAAGCUGCUACAACGGUAGCUGAGCUCACUCGGUUCAUUGACGUGGAACCUUAUACACCCGUCUUCAUCUUGUCUAUCAUGCCACUGUCUGCGCUCUUCAUACUUUUUGACUUCAUCAUUCACUGUCCUGCUCGCCCGGAUAUCCGGGAAAAAUUGACUUUACUCGACAUUUUGUCUGGUCAUUUCAGCAUGCUCGAACACGCUUCUGGCGGAUUAUUACCUGGCAAUUAUCUGUCUCGCUUUGCGCAUAUUGCAAGACGACAUGUUGAGACAUUCACAAGCCAAUCGGCUAACAAUACCCGAAACGACUCAUCUUCGAUAUUCGGGAGUGAGCAAAAUCAGCAGGACACUUCUAACACAGGAGAUGUCUCGGUCGGUGGAAAUACAGAAAGUGACGAGACCGCUUCCUCGAGUCAUCACUAUAUCAACGACAGCUUUAGCCAAGAGCCCCUCGCUGGUGUUGAUGCCUAUGAUGAAUCAGGUACCGAAAUUGCCACACCUUAUAUCUAUCCGGAGGCCACAAAGAUCAUUGAUCAAGCGAAGGUGCAAUAA